AGACCUGCGAGUCCCUGGAGCUGGGGGUCGACUGUCUGCUCUUGGGGAGGAUAGGAAUGGCCACGUUACCGUACAACGCCCCAGGUUGCUGGACGUGGCCUCUCCAGCUCACCAGUCCUUGAUGGAAAAAGUCUUGCGAACAAAAACUUGGACCAUCAAUUCCCCCUUCUUGGCACUUAACCCCUUGCAAGCGGGACAAGUCCAAUACCUCCUCCCUCACCUCCAUUCAGGACCCUUCCAGUUGCAUCUCUCCAGUGACUUUGUUCACGUUACAACAUUUGGGGGCUCAUCUGGGAUACCCUUAUGACCCAUCGUGUGGCCAGCAACCUCAGCAGUCUAAGUGGGACGGAGACUAUGAACCUGCUUCCCAGCGGCAAUCUGAUGAUUGUGAUUGCAGUUCUCCUCCUUUGCUCGUCAGUUGGUGCGCAGGAUCUGGACAAAAACAGGCGGAUGGUGACGGAGCACCAGCUGCUCCACGACAAAGGGAAAGCGGUGGAACAGUUGAGACGCCUGUUGUGGCUCAGCAGCGCCAUGAGGAGCGUGCACACAGCGCAGCGGAGACGCUGGGCUCGCUGGCCGCUCCACGCCCCCCCACUCGUCCAAAGGGACCCCAGGAGAUCCGCACAGCAGAUAAGGUCCCUCGGUGCUCCUGGAGUUUUGCAAAGGUCCUGAAUGAGGUGCAUCAGAUCUAAACGGAUUGAACCGAUCUAGCCACAGAUCAACACCUGUUUGUUAACUCUGUCGUCUGUUCGUCGUCUCCGUUGAGUA